GAUGAUAAUGUUUUGACCUUUGAAAUAUUACAUUAAUGGCUUGUGUUUGAGUUUGGCAGUUUUUAGAUACACUCUAUGGUUUGACAUGAAGUCACAAGACAGUAUUUUUGUCCUUUAGGUGAGCCUUACUACUGCGCACGCGCGGUUCACCGUCGAAAGUGUAAGCUUGAGCAAUGUGACUUUUAAUAGUUGUCGCACGCAGCAUUACAGCGAAGUUACGGGUUUAUGUCGACGAAGUAUUAAUAUAGAGUGUAACUAAUCACACAUGGCUCUCAGAAGGUGUUGGAGGUUUGCAGGGGUUGUCCCGCGGCUGUUAUGGAACAGUACCGUCCGGCCAGGGGCUUCUGUCCCGGGAGGACGAAGCUCUGUGUCCAGCCUUGUCAAUACUCAUCGUGGUUGCAAUACCACAGAGUUGCUAAUGUGUAGCAGGUUCAGUUCAGCGCCACCGAGCACAGAUGUGACUUACGAGCAGCUGAAGCAGCUACUGGCCGGACGGAAAGCUGUGGUUAUAGAUGUCAGAGAGCCCUGGGAGCUCAGGGAGUACGGCUUCAUCCCCGGGUCGAUCAACGUUCCCCUGGGACAGGUGAACACUGCCCUCCAGCUGGGUCCAGAGGAGUUCGAAGAAAAGUAUGGUGGUGAAAUGCCUCAGCAGACAGAUAACAUUGUCUUCACCUGUCUGGCGGGGGUGCGGAGCAAGAACGCGCUCGACGCAGCUGCUUCGCUGGGAUACAAAGAUGUUCAGCAUUACCCGGGUGGAUGGCAAGACUGGGUGAAGAAUGAACAACAUAAGUGAUCCAGGGAAAGCAGAAGACAUAAAACAUUGUUUCAAAUUGGAAAGUGAGGAGUCUUCUAAAGGGUUUUUAAAAGUCCACACACUUUUCUGUUGUUUUAAGAGCCAGUGAUUUAAGUUAUUUCUCUCAUCUGCGAUUCCCAAGGACUGAAACCAGAGGGCUCAACACACAUUAACAAUCCCGUCUGCUGCUUAAGGUUUUCAAAACUAGUGUAAAAUUGCUUGAAGUUUCUUCUUAAUUCGUUUCAGUUUAGAAAUACUUAUAAACCCUUUACAACUUCUAAACAAACACAUAUAACCGGCUACUGUUCAAAACAAUACCAAAAUUAUGAAGAGACAAGUUUUCUUUUCCAGACUUACUAUGCAAAUAACUACUAAACUCUGCAUGACUUUGAGCUAAUGAGUCUUCCACUGCAUAUUAUGAAUAGUUUUCAAGCUGAUGUAUUGUAAAUAUUAUAUAGCGUGUUGCUCAUAGAUACAACAGUUAGUGCAGUUGUUGCCAACAUUACUUGAUAAAUAAAAUUAUAGUUUUGAUUAAAAGUGAUAUUUAGUUU